AUGUCUUCUUCGUCUACUUCUUCUUCGUCGUCUCAAACAUCGCGUCAUUCAUCAUCUGCUAAAUAUGGUGAUCUGCGUUUAUUAACACAACUAUCCUCAUCUCCGACAAAUUCCAAUUCAUCAACACCAUUUCCACAAUCAGCUGAUCCAUCGGGUCCUCUCACGCCUGAUGCCAUUCAUCUUCUUAAUCCGUUUGCUGCCUUAGCUACAACAAAUCUCCCACUACUACCUUCUGUACGUGUUAUCGGUGAAUAUGAACUAAGCGAAACGAAAUUAGAUGAUUUUAAAUGUGCUCGUCAUAUUCCAUCGGGCGAAGCAUUACUAUACAAAGAAUUUUCACUUGAAGUCAUUCGUCAACGGCUAGAGCCCUAUCAACGUCUUAUAUCCGUACUACAAUUAUCAAAUAAAAAUUCACAAUUAACAUUAGAACAAUUGGCUAAUAAAUAUCAUAUACAUUUUUUUCGUGAUAUAAUAUCACUUGAUCGAACAGCUGUUGUUCUCUAUCCAAAUUAUACCAACAAUCUUCAUCAGUAUAUAACUGAAAAACAUCGUUUAAAUGAAAAUGAAUCACGAAACUUGUUUUCUCAAAUUGUACGUGCCGUACAAAUAUGUCAUCGUGUUGGCUUAAUUGUACGAGAUUUAAAAUUACGUAAAAUUAUAUUUAAUGAUAAUAAUAAUACACAUUUAUUAUUAACUGGAAUAGAUGAAGCUAUCAUGCUUUCCACUCCAACAACAACAGAUGAUUUAGUAUCGUCACGUUUUUCAUGUCCAGUUUAUGCUUGUCCAGAAAUAGUUCUUAAUAGACAGAUGUAUUCAGGCAAAAUGGCUGAUUCAUGGAGCCUAGGCAUUAUUUUAUAUACAAUGCUUUUUGGUCGAUACCCAUUUUGUGAUCGAACUUUGGUUGGAUUAUUUAUUAAAAUUGGACGAUGUCGUCCUGAUAUUCCUCGAACAAUAUCAUUGAAAGCACGUUCAUUACUUCGAUCACUGAUUCGUGUUAAACCUGAAGAACGUCUUUUAACUCAAGAUAUACUUGGACAUGUUUGGUUUAGUGAAGAUAGAAAUGCAUCGACAAUAUCGAUGAAUACAUCGAUCACCAAUUCGUCUCUCAAUGAAGAUUUAGUUGUAUUAAAUCAUAAUAAUAAUAGUAGUACGAGUAAUAAUAAUAAUAAUAAUAAUAACAUUGACGAAAUAACAGCUAAAGAAGAUGCAGUUGUACCUAAUUUCGAAUGUGAAUAA